GCAGACUAAAGAAAGAUAACUACAAUUACUUGCGAACAUGGGACCUUUCUCUGUGGUUUUUACGUUCUUAUUAACUGCAUCGUUGGCUUAUUACGUUUACACUCCUUUCCCUGAUGGCGUAGAGGAGCCAUGGAAGCUUAUGCUGCUGGAUGCGACUUUCAGAACAGCUGCGAAAUUUGCCAUUCUGAAGCAGCACCUUGGCUUUGGUCACUACAUUAGGUCCAUCAGACGGUUCAGAGAGGUCCUCCUCGAGUCUGACGCUGGUGAAGACUUUGUCCCUGGUGUUAAAGUGAGCGAUGUGACUUUCUCUGGAGUCCCGGUCCGAGUGUAUGAAGCGUCUGGGGGACAGGGGGGUCUGAGGAGGGGGCUGCUGUAUUUUCACGGCGGAGGAUGGGCUCUGGGCCGUGCAAAGAAAGGUUCAUACGAUAAACUCACCAGGAUCAUGUCUGCGGAGCUCGAUGCUGUGGUGGUCUCUGUGGACUAUCGUCUUUACCCAGAGGUGCAGUUCCCUGAGCCAUACCUGGACUGUCUCGCUGCAGCAAAGCACUUCCUGUCUGCAGAGGUUUUGUCCAGAUACUCGGUGGACCCUGAGCGAGUGGGUGUGUCCGGAGACAGCGCCGGGGGCAACCUGGCCGCAGCAGUGGCUCAAGAGAUCUCCCAAGACUCCAGCAUGACUGUGAAGUUCAGCGCUCAGGCUUUGGUUUACCCGGCUCUGCAGGCCUUGGACUUCCACACACCCUCUUGCAUCCAAAACCAGAACAUUCCCGUCCUCUCCCGCUCCUCCCUGGUGCAGUUUUGGAUUCAGUAUCUCGGAGUCGAUCUGUCACUGAAGGAACCAUUUUUAUCCAACCAGCACAGCGGCCUACAGCAGCCUCUCCUGACCCCAGAGUUAAGAGCAAGAUUUAACUGGACUCUGCUCCUCUCUGCAGAGCACCAGAAGAACCAGAGCCCAGUUGUAGCAGGACAAGGUUUGGAGGGAAUCUUGGAAAAAGUCCCGGGACUAUUGGACAUCCGUGCGUCUCCUCUGUUGGCCAAUCCCGAGGUGUUAUCCAAAUGCCCCAAAGCGUACAUUUUGACUUGUGAGUUUGACGUGCUGAGAGAUGACGGUUUAAUGUACACGCAGAGACUACAAAACGUUGGGGUUCAGGUCACAAACGCGCACUAUAAAGACGGCUUCCACGGCUGCUUCAGUAUGCUGUUCUGGCCCCUGGAGUUUGAUGUGGGGAGGAGGGCAUUUAGACACUACAUCAGUUGGCUACAGGACAAUUUGUAAAAAGAUUGUGAAAGUGGGAUGGGGAAUCUGGUGGACACUGCCUUAUAUCUGUCUGAAGUUGAGUCAUAUUUAGCAUUAUCAUUCACACCUACAGAAAACAACAGGGCUAGUCACUAUGCCCCUACUGUAAACAAUAUGUGUUAGUUUUUAG